UCCAACGAUUGAGUUAGGCGAAAAGAAAAAUCGAAAAAUUGGCGCAUUUCGCAAACCAAAGAGAAAAAAUGACACAAUUUGACAUCCAACCCAAGACCUUGUAGCGAUCGAUCCGGUGAAUGCGUGCGAACCAUUUUUCUCACCGAAUCAGGAUCAAAAGUGGGUCUGUCGACCACGGGUUGACAACCAAUCUUGUUACUAACUGUACUAUUUUGGAAAAAAAGAUCCGCCAGCUUCACGCGCUGCCGGUUGGUUACUUUACUUGAGUCUGAGCAAAAAAACGAGAAAACUCGAAACUGUUCUUUUUGGAGUAUAUACCUAAAUCAACCGGCGACAACAAAACCCCCUGCCCUUUCUCUUCAUCAGUCCCAUAACACCUGCUCCGUAUACGGGUGAAUCCGUCCGCAAUCCGCAAAUCUUCUCUUCAUUCCCCUCUCUCCGAAUUGCGAUUCCUCCUCAGGUGUUACUUUCUUCUGCGACUCUCCGUUGGAGGUCCGCGGCGGAUUAGAUUUUUGGAGCAGGGUAGCAGCUUUCUCAAUGUUACAGCGAUGCAGCAGAGCGGUUUCUCGACUCUCGAAGCUUGGGUCGACUUCUCCUAUGGAGGUGCUGCGGAAAGAUGUAAUCUUUACGCCACGGCAUUGGUAUUCAACGGCUGCUGCAACUGUGGCGCCUGCUCCUAAUGAUUCUCCUGCUAUGAGCUCUCCCGUAAAAUCAGUGGUAAAUUUGGAUAAAAUGUUCUGGUCAAAGCCCUGUUCAUUGGCUCUGGCUCCAGAUUCCCGGCUCAGAAUUGAAGAGCCGAAAUACGAGGGACUCCGCCAUGUUAUCUAUAAGAUGCUAUUGUUUUAUAGCAAGCAAAGCACAUCUAUUCGGGGAGCAAAUGUGGUGUACCGAAGGAUCCUUCAUCAAGUAGAUAAACCUGCUAUUUAUGAAGUUUUCAAUAUGGAGAAGACCUUUAAGAUGACAUUUUCACUACUUGUACUUCAUAUGUGGCUUUGCUUACGCCGUCUCAAACAAGAAGGAAAAGAAGGUGCUGAAUUUGGGCAAUACCUUUAUGAGAGAUACAAUCACGAUGUGGAGCUUAGAGUAUCCAAAGAAGGGGUUAACUUGUUACUGACAAAAUGGAUGAAAGAGUUGGAGAAAAUAUUUUAUGGAAACAUUGUUGCUUAUGAUGCUGCCUUACUGCCGGAGGCUAAACCAGAUGAGCUGCCGAAAGUCAUAUGGAGGAAUGUUUUUGCAGACGAUGGUGAAUCACAGCCAGAUGAUGCUGCAUCACGCACCGUCCAGGCAAUGACAAGGUAUGUUCGUCGAGAAGUCAGUUGUUUUACAUUAACAGACAAAGAAGCCAUGUAUUCAGGGAACUUCAUGUUCACGUCCUUGGACAACAUUCCAUCGGUUUCUGCCAAGAGAUAGAAAUAAAGUAGAUGGUGUGAAGAUCUUUGAACUCCAUAGCAGGCCGCUCUUGUACUAAAGCAGCUUUCACUGCUCGAAACAGUCCUCUUCCUGCUACAUGGAUUUUAUACCUAGAAUGUUACAUUACUUGCAUACUAUUAUUCAUCAGCCAAAGAUGACUGGAAAGAGGCCAAGAAGGAAGCUCAAAACUUGAGGAACCCGAGAACAAUAAUCAGAUCUCAUGAUACACUGUUUGUAGUGCUAUAGUUUUAGUCGUCUCAUGAGAAGUUUGUUACACAAAAGCAACAAUUGCCUAUUUUUUCUCGACAUAUUCUUGGACGGCCGCCUGCCGGGUCCAACCGCUGCGAACCAAUGUAGGGGACCAAAUUUCGCCCCUUCCCUCAUUUCCACUCAUUUUAUCGCUUCCUUCUCUAUACCAAACCUGAUCUCCCUCUCCUUCCAUCAUCUUCUCUAAAACUUCCCCCCACAUUUCCAAUCUCCUACUCACCCAUUUCAUCUCCAAAACUCAAAAUCAAGCCCUCAAACUUGAAAACCCAUACCAUACCCAUCAAAGACUAAAGGAAAAAUGAAAAG